UUGUUCCGCGGACACUGGCUGGAGCCACGAUGCAGAAGAUCAAGUCUCUCAUGGCCCGGCAGGGCCUGAAGAGCCCCCAGGAGAGCAUGGCUGACCUCAGUCCUGUGGAGAACCUGAGGAUCCCCAGCAAGGAGGAGCUGCGUGAGAUGAGGGAACAGUCCAUCGACCCCCAGGCGGAGCAGGAGAUCAUCAACAGCGUAGAGGAGGUCUACUUCUCCAACGACUCCUUCGACAUGGUGCAGCACGAGCUGGAGAAGCUCCCACCUGAGCUGAACCUGCAGGAGCUGGAGGAGCACCGAGACAAGCUGAAGAGACAACAGGCAGCAGUUUCUAAAAAGGUCGCAGAUCUCAUCCUGGAGAAACAGCCCUCUUAUGUCAAGGAGCUGGAGAGAGUAACCGCGUUGCAGUCCAACCUGCAGCUGGCAGCAGUCAUUUGCACUAACGCAAGGAGACAACUGAGCGUGUCGAAGGAAGGAUUCACAGAGGCCAGCCUGGGUCUACUUGCCAAUCAGAGACGACGACAACUGCUGACAGGCUUGCUCAAGUCUCUGAGGACCAUCAAGACACUGCAAAGAACAGAUGUAAGACUCAGCGAGAUGCUUGAGGAGGAAGACUACCCAGGUGCAAUCCAGCUCUGUCUGGAAUGUCAGAAAGCUGCCAGCACCUUUAAACACUACAGCUGCAUCAGUGAAUUGAAUUCCAAACUACAAGACACCCUGGAGCAAAUAGAGGAGCAGCUUGAUGUCGCCCUGUCGAAGACGUGUAAGCACUUUGAUGUUUCCCACUACACCAAGGUCCAGCUGGCCUACACGCUCCUGGGCAAGACACAGACCGCUAUGGACCAGCUGCACAUGCACUUCACCCAGGCCAUCCACAACACUGUGUUCCAAGUGGUGCUGGGAUACGUGGAGCUGUGUGCUGGCAACGCUGACACCAAGUUCCAGAAGAUGCAGUACAAGGACCUGUGCACGCACAUCACCACGGACAGCUACAUCCCCUGCCUGACGGACCUGUGCAAGGCAUUGUGGGAGGUGAUGCUGAGCUACCACCGCACCAUGCAGUGGCACGAGGAGCAAGACAAGCAGGAGGCCGCACCAGCUCCAGAUGGUGCAGCAGCAGCAAAGUCUGACGAGUUGGUUGUGGACCGCAGCUAUGUGAAGAAGAAACUGGAGCACGGUCUGACACGGAUCUGGCAGGAUGUCCAGUUGAAAGUGAAGGCCUACAUCCUGGGCACGGACAUGUCUAACUUCAAAUAUGAUGAUUUCAUAGUGGUACUGGACGUCAUCAGCAAGUUGAUGCAGGUGGGUGAGGAGUUCUGCGGCAGCAAGUCCGAGGUCCUGCAGGAGUCAAUCAAACGGCAGAGCGUCAACUACUUUAAGAACUAUCACAGGGCACGACUGGAAGAACUAAGGAUGUUUCUGGAGAAUGAGACGUGGGAACUUUGUCCUGUCAAGUCUAACUUCAACAUCGCCCAGCUCCAUGAGUUUAAGUUCAUGGGCCAGUGUCGCUCUCCGUCCGCCUCCCCGAGCAAACAGGCCACGUCCUCCAGCACACGGGCCCAGGAGGAGCUGUCACUCUUCCAGCAGUACCUCCAGGAGGGGAACCCGUUCGAGAUGCACAUCGAGGAAAAAGAGGAGGAGACGGAGGAUGUGCUGGCAUCCAACGGAUAUGAGUCAGACGAACUGGAGAAGAACGUUUAUCAGGAUUACGACAGCGACAGCGAUGUCCCCGAGGAGCUCAAGCAGGACUACGUGGACGAGCAGACGGGAGACGCCCCUCUUAAGAGCAUGUCCCGAGAGACCAUAAGAAGCAAGAAGAAGUCAGACUACAACCUUAAUAAGACCAAUGCACCAAUCCUCACCAACACCACCCUCAACGUCAUCCGGCUCGUGGGGAAGUACAUGCAGAUGAUGAACAUUCUGAAACCGAUCGCCUUCGACGUCAUCCACUGUGUGUCCCAGCUCUUCGACUACUACCUGUACGCCGUAUACACCUUCUUUGGACGCAAUGACAUGUAUGAGUCAUCGGGUCUGGGCCUUAUCAGCAGCAGACUGAGAACCACACUGAACCGGAUCCAGGAGAACCUCAUUGACAUGGAAGCGCUAGGGGAGAAUCCAGGCGUCCACGGCCCAGGAGAAGACAGGAAGGAGAAGGUGCCAAGCCCUCAUCUCAGCCAGCUGGUGGUCCUCACCAACAGUGGGACCCUGUAUGGGCUCGCACAGAGGGUGGUGGCCACUGAGUCUCUCGUGUUUCUGGCUGAACAGUUCGAGUCCCUCCAGUCCCACCUUGACACCAUGAUGCCUGCAGCCAAGAAGCCUUUCCUGCAACAGUUUUAUUCCCAGACGGUUUCUACAGCCAGUGAACUCAGGAAACCCAUCUACUGGAUCGUGGCAGCCAAGGCCAUCGACUACGAACAAAUGCUGCUCCUGAUGUCUGGAGUUAAAUGGGACAUCAGGGAGAUAAUGUCACAGCACAACGUAUAUGUGGACGUCCUUUUAAAGGAGUUUGAGGAGUUUAACAAGCGGCUGGAUGAUGUUUCCAGACACGUGCGCAUCCCGCUGCCUGUGUCCAACGUCCUUUGGGAGCACUGCAUCCGCCUGGCCAACAGGACUCUUGUCGAGGGCUACGCUAACGUGAAGAAAUGUAGCAACGAGGGCCGCGCCCUAAUGCAACUGGACUUCCAGCAGUUCCUCAUGAAGCUGGAGAAGCUGACCGACCUGAGACCCAUCCCCGACAAAGAGUUUGUGGAGACCUACAUCAAAGCCUAUUACCUGACGGAGAACGACAUGGAGCAGUUCAUCAAGAAUCACAGGGAGUACUCCAUGAAGCAGCUCGCCAACCUGGUGAACGUUUGCCUGGGCUCACAUAUAAACAAGAAAGCUCGUCAGAAACUCCUGGCAGCGAUCGACGACAUCGACAGACCCAAGAGAUAGACUGAGCCGACCCGAAACCGAUCAACGGACGACAUGCAGAGAUGGAACAAAGGAACUCCCACAGUGUCGAAUGUCUCCUGUUUUUGUACAUAACACGAUGUUGAGGUGCGUUCGACGAGUAGCCGAGCUACAGUUCAUAUCUCAAAUGUUAGCCAGAUGCUAACCGAUCAGUCUUUAUAUUGUCUCAAACACAACCAGCCACUUGUUAAACGCACCUCAAGACAAAAUGGACAGUAAUACUACAGGUGUUGAACAAGCAUGCUGCAGUUCCUCACGUACCAUAACGCAUGUUCUCACCAGUUCAUUUAUCAAACAAUGCUGCUUCUGAACCUUUCCUGCGAAUAUGGUCUGUAAACAUCACCUUUUAUUCCACUUCAGUGACCACGAGCAACAGAUCCUGAGUUUGUUCUUUCAGACCAACAUCUACAAACAAUGGACCCAACACUGUAAAUGUGAAUUGUGCCGUCAACAUGUGGCCAUUAAUUUAUGGUGCUCCAUCUGUUUCGCACCAGCCGGCUCGGUUUGCUGACACGGCUCCGACAUCCAGAUUAAAGAAAACAACCAGUGAAUAUUUACGAGUCACUGAAUUUUAUCGUCAUGUUGAUAAUUUUUUGCAAGAACAUUUUAAUGGUUCCACCGCUCUACUGUCUGAAUGUGUUCUCUACUGGAGAUACAGUAAAUAUGGCUCCUUGUUCACUUAAAUCAUUCAUUUAAGUUUUUCCAGCCCAUGUGUUUCUUUGUUUUAUUUGUUUAAAUCUAAUAUAAUGAUGAUUCUGAAAAUAAUAUAAAUUGCUGUAGUUAGCCUUAACAUAGUUAAGAGAUUAAAAUCAUCUGCACUUGUUUGCGAUCUUUCAAAUCUUGGGAGGACAUGAUUUUAUCGUCCUGGGGUGAGUUUUAGAAAAUCUUUGCAGAGGUUCUUAUCCUGGACUCGAGUCUUCAGCUUUCCUGCUAAACAGUGAAACUCGUACUUUUCCUUUCCUGUUGUUGGGUGGUGCAGUCAGACUUAGAUUAUUAGUAAGUGGUUGAAUUGUGUCAACUACCAGAGCUUCCCUCCAGGCUUUCUAAUGUCCCCUCCAGUCAUCUCCAUUCGGCUGACCUGACCAGACCUCGCCAAGGGGGGCAGGUCCAUGUAUGUCAAACAGGAAGAAAAAAGAAGAAGAAUAUAAAUGAAGUUCCAGCUUUUGAUACAGCCUCAUAUAUAUAUUUUGUGUGCACCUAUUCCGGGAUGAAUAUUGUAAAUGUCAAUGAACGAUGUCUGUAUUUAUUUCUUGCCCUGUGUCUCGUUUAUGUUUUUAUAUGAUCACUUCUGGAAGAGCGCCGUCAUUCAUUGCCCCUGAGUAUCUUCUAACUUAUCAAGUGAAGCAAAUACAAAUAUCUACACAUCGUCAGAAAUACAUUUAAGGGUCAAUGUGCGCUAUAGUGGAAAUCUGUAAUCAGUGUUAGGGUUAAAGUUGGAGAUGAUUCUAACAUAAUAAACACGUUAACGAUGAAAA